CCAAACCUAGUGCUCGUGUCCAACCAUGUGGCCGUGGGGACUGAUGGGACAUAAAGACCGCUGAUCUGGACUGUGGUCUCAUCAGAGUGAAAGAAGAGCGGGAUUCCUUCAGAAUACCAGCGGAGCCUUUCUCAGCCUCAUCCUCCAUUCUUCUUCUUCUUGUAUUUGUUUGGGUUCAUGUAUGAGCUGUUUAGGUUCACAUCUCAGUAGACGAGACAAUGGAUGCGCCCCCACAGACAAAGCCAGUUGGAAACCUCCAGUCUUCCUCAGCAGCCGCUAACCUGGCCACGUUGCAGUCCUAUAGGCCCCUUCUGAGUGACUAUGGACCACCUUCUCUGGGAUUCUCACAGGGUACCACUGGUAGCCAAGUGCCUCAGAACAAAUAUGCAGAGCUGCUGGCCAUCAUCGAGGAGCUUGGAAAGGAAAUCAGGCCCACAUAUGCUGGAAGCAAGAGUGCAAUGGAGAGACUGAAAAGAGGAAUAAUCCAUGCCAGAGGACUGGUACGUGAAUGCUUGGCUGAGACUGAGAGGAACGCAAGGUCCUAGCUACUACGACAUGAUCCUCCCUGCAAGAACUAGAAGUGUCCGUAUUAUGAAAAAAACAACUUGCAUGGCAUUUCCUUUGAGGAGGAAGUAACUGAAGAAAGGAAUGGGAAAGGAAAAAAAUCAGUAUCACAGCUCAUGUCGUGAAGGUUUCUGGAGGGUCAUUUAAAUCAUACAGUAUGUGGAUUAUUGGAGUUCAAAAGAGAGGAUAAUGUGUUUUUACCCCCACUUUGGGAUCUUAGUUUUGACGUCAUAUUUAAAACCUUGAUUUAUGCAUGCGAAAGGGCCCGUGGGUUAAUUGUAGACACUGCAUGGCUUGUACAGGGGUAGAUGGAAAUAAUUCUUUUUGAUAGUAUUUGGUCUGUUUUUCAGACCCUUAUAACACACAUGACAGAGUGAGUGAAGAUCAGAGAUGUGCCAAAUGCGUUGGUUCAUUCGUGUUGAAGUUGGUUUUGGUAUAAAAAGGAAAAUGCUGUUACUUGCAUCUUUGUAUGUAUUUAUUACUCAAUGUAAUAAAUUGUAUUUUCAA